AUGGCUUCUUCUUCAAACAAGCUUGUGUUCUUCUUCUUAGCUUGCCUCUUCAUGUUCACAUUCUCAGACAACCUCGUUGCCGGAGAUUCCGACAAAGUGAAACUCAAUCUUUACUACGAAUCACUUUGUCCCUUUUGUCAGGAUUUCAUCGUUAAUGAUCUAGUCAAAAUCUUUGACUCCGAUCUCUACACAAUCACCGAUCUUAAGCUCAUUCCAUUUGGUAAUGCCAAAGUCUCCUCGAAUCUGACUGUCACUUGCCAGCAUGGUGAAGAGGAAUGCAAACUAAACGCCAUUGAAGCUUGCGCCAUAAGAGCUUGGCCCAAUCCGAAAUUACACUACACGUUCAUACGAUGCGUUGAAAAUGACACGAAAGAUUGGACUUCAUGUGUUAAGGACUCUAGCCGAGAGAAAGCCAUCAGUGAUUGUUACAACGGUGAUCUUUCUAAAAAGCUCAUACUUGGGUAUGCAAAACAGACCUUGGCUUUGAAGCCGAAAAAACAGUACGUACCAUGGGUAACCAUCAACGGCGAACCACUCUUUGACAAUUAUAAAGAUUUUGUGCCCCAAGUCUGCAAAGCCUACAAAGGGAAUGCUGCUGAUCUCCCAAAAAUCUGCAAUUCCUCUGCCUUGCCUAAGUGUCCAGAGAGCAAAGUGUCCAAGCUUCAAGUUUCCUAUGCCGAUGAAGUUAAAAAAUUACUAAAAUAG